AUCCUGAGCACUGGGGGAAAACAAUCUCUAUUCCCUUCUCUGUUGUUGCAGCUACACAUCGCAGCAGCAAAUGGCUACGCGCAGGCUGCAGAGCUGCUGCUGGAGGGGGGGGCUCGUGUGGACCUCAGAGAUUCAGAUGGAUGGCAGCCUCUUCAUGCUGCAGCGUGCUGGGGUCAGAUGCAUGUGGCAGAGCUGCUGGUGUCUCACGGAGCCAGUCUCAAUGCCAAGACCUUCCUGGAGGAGACUCCAAUUGAUCUGUGUGAGGACGAGGAGUUCAGAGCCAUCCUGCUGGACCUGAAACACAAACACGACAUUAUCAUGAAGUCACAGCUCAAGCACAAGACCUCGCUGUGCAGGCGAACGUCCAGUGCAGGCAGUCGUGGAAAAGUGGUGCGGCGAGCCAGUUUGUCGGACAGACACAACCUGUGUCGUAAAGAGUACGAGACCGAGGCCAUCGUGUGGAGGAAAGAAAAGGAAGACGAGGACGAGAAAGAAAAGGAGUCUGAUCAGGAGAAUAGCCAAGUAGUUAAUGUCAAGCCUGUUGUCGCUGUGGAGCUGCCCGACAAGUCCAACCUACCCACCAUCCUCAAAGAAGGAAAGCAGAACGGCCUAAUCUCCACGACAACAUCCAUGCCACCUCAGCCUCCCUCCAAUGGCAGCACACCGACGUCCAGUAAGGGUGGGGUUGUCACCACCCAGCCGUCCCAGGAGGAAGCCUGGCCAAAAGAGCGCCCUCAGACUCUGUCAGAGCUGAAAAAGCAGCGAGCUGCUGCCAAGCUCUUGAACCACCCCUUGUUCAACGGUCACCUUGGUAACGGCUCCACAGACUCCUUCACUGAUGCCAAAACCACCUCUGAGGAUCCUCGCAUGCCGCUGGUCUCCUCCAAUGGCAACGCCGUAUAUUAUACCCCAGCCAGCGGCGACCCACCCCUGCUCAAAUUCAAGCAGCCUAUGGAGGAGGAGCAGCCGAAGGUGCGGACCUGCUGCUGCGUGUCAUAGUUGGUGCGCGGUCAUGUGACUGUUACCAGAACAGGAAGUGUUUGCACUGAGAGGAGGGAAGCAAGGAAGGCUCUGUAGAAGGGAGGAGAAGAAAGAAGGAAAGUCUUUGAACAUCCUUCACCACUCCCGGUUCAAAAAUGUCUUCAAGACAGGCGGCCCGAUUAAAGUAUGAAAACAUUUCCUUUUACCUCCCAGUCUCGUAACUCCUUUAAAGUGCAGCUGAGAAGUGGAGGAAAUUCCUUUCAUACAUGGAGUCUCUUUACACAACAAAUGUAAAGACAAGAAGUGGUCCCGCUCUCCCUGUUAAAAAUCAAAGAGGAUGGGGAGUGUUUUUUGACAGAAAUUUAGAAUUAGGAGAGAAGAUCGCAAGGUACUGAAUCCUCUACUUUCACACAUGGAAGAAACUUUGUCUGUUACCCCACAAACAGAUCGGUAUCAUUUCAUUAGAACAGCAUUUCUUCCAGGAUAAACUAAUCUUGUUAUCAAACCACAUGUGGCACAUUCUUGUCAUGUUCAAACAAGCAGGACAGUCAUCCUGGAAGGGUGCUGAUAUCUUGUAAUACACCGUGUUGUUGUAGUACAACACAUGAGAAAAUGCAAAACAUGGCAAAAGGAGAUCUGUGACAUCUCUUUCCGUGUUGACAUGCUGCCUGGAAAAGUAAGUGAAAGGAAUGCCAUAAAACAGUGUUAAAAUACUCAUGAAGUGUACUU